AUGUCACAAAACUCAAUGGCAGACAUCUCUUCUCCUUCUACUUUGUUGGAUUUUUCACAUGAUCAUGAGAAACUGGACCUCGAAUCGAUACGGGUACUCGUCGCCUCAAUCAACCAACGCAUACAUGAAUUACUCGAGGACACCAAAACCCGGAAAUCUUUGAAAGAGAAAUGCACUUCCAAGCUUGAGAUCCAAAAGCAGGAAUUCUUUGAAUUCUCUGACCAAUCAAUACUAUCCAAUCUUUAUUGGGGCAUCGAGAGUGUUGAAGCUGCGAUUCAGGCGAAAUCGGCAGAGGAGAAAACCUCCAGGCUGGUGAAUUCAGAACGAAUGCUUCAAGUGCCAGCUUUGCUUGAUGAGCAUGGAGUCACCGCAGGAAUCCCGAACCAUUACUUGGUUUGUUGCUCCUACUUUUACCUCUCCAUCGUUCGGAAGCUCCAGAGGGAUGACCAGCAAGUUGCAAUGCAUUUUCUCCAAGCUCUUCUGGUCUCCCCAAGAGUUGUCUACAAAGAAUUUGCACCAGAACUUUGCAAAAGUUUAUUCCUUUCAUGCAUUGUGCCUGAAAGUCAUGAACCAGGUGCAAAGGGGAGCUCCAAAUCCAAAUCCACGCCUCUCAAAAAUUUUAACAAAAAUGAGGUCAAUGAAGCCAUGAAAGAGAUGGCUAGGAACUAUAAGGCCUGGUUAAUGUAUUAUCAGGUCAUGUCUUACGGAGAGACGACACAACGGCACCAGGGACACAAGGACAUUCCUUUCACCAAUGAUGAAGCGCAAGUCCUGAAUAUGAAGUCCAGUUGCACUGAAGCGGCGCAUUUGUAUAAACGUGGAAACAGCAUGAGGAAUUAUCAUCAUUUUGAGAAGGUGCAUCCGCUUAAUCCUCAAGAAUAUAUUACUGGUAAUGUAGCAGCAGAGUCUAUAGCAUCCAAGGACAUUUCAAAAUUUCAAAAUCAUACAAGAGUUCUAAAAGAUUCGGAUCAAACUUGUGGCGGGGAUAUUACAAAAAGAAAAAAUAUCAAGUGCAUCAGAGAUUUGCUGAAAGAAUCCCAGUCAGAUACACCAAUAUCCCUACAUUCAUGCAACAGCAGUUCAACAGAGGAAACAUUUUCUGUGGAAUUUGCAGACUCUGAAAGCUCCAUGAAAACUAAAAGAUUAAAUGUAGCAGAUCAGCGACCAGAAACUUUUGUCCAGAAUUACCAAGCUCCUUGCUCCACAUCAAGUUCAGACUCUGCAAUAUUUAUGCCCCGAUAUCCUGGACAUCUAAUGCAGAAAGAAGUGAAUGAUGAUGUAACUACAUCUUCUGAGAGAUUCUCUAGUUCAUUUAGUGAAUUAGAAAUGUCCAUAUCGGAAGUAUGGGACAUUAAUUCACGUCCUCUUUUGAGUGGCAGCAUAGAAAAAAGAACUUCUCCGGAGAGAUUGCAGCUACAUGACAUCCAACACUUGAAUUGUAUAGGACCCACAAGUCCGCCGAAUAUCCAGUUCUCCCAGAUAGAUCACCAAGGAAGUUAUGCAAGGAUAAAGAAACACUCAAGUUUCACAACGAACAAAGAUGCAGUUCGUCUACAUUCGGAAGCAACUUCCCAAAUUGAACAAGUUGGAAUACUUGAGAAAAUUGUUUCAAAGCUAUGCUUCUCAGAAAGAUUAGCAAAAUGUGAUGAAGAUUACACAGUUGAAAUUACAACACUAUAUGAGAUGUUGAACAGUAAAACAGGACUAAAAUACUCCCUGUUAAAGGACAUAAUUUUAGAUCAACUGCUAACGGCUAUUUCAACUUCCAAAGAAGAGAAGGUCUUAAGGGCAUCAGUGUCUGUACUUUCAACUAUCAUCUCGGGGAACAAGUCAGUUAUAGAAAACAUCAAGAAGAAGGGUAUGCAGUUGGGUGAUUUGGCAAAUGCUCUAAAACGAAAUGUUUAUGAGGCAGCUACUCUAAUCUAUUUAAUCAAUCCCUCUCCAGCAGAAAUUAAGAAUUUAGAACUUCUACCAACACUUCUGGAAGUUGUAUGCACUUCAAACAGUUAUAAAGGCCAGCUAACGUCACUUCUGCUGACUCCUCCUGCAGCGUCAUUGAUGAUUAUUGAAGUACUAGCGACAGCCUUUGACAGAGAAACUAAUAACAGGCACUUGGCAGAAAUCAGUUCACCUAGAGUGCUUUCUGGUCUCCUGGAUGUACCAAGAAAUACUAGUCUGGAAGAGUUUAUCUCUUUGGCUGCUAUUCUUGUGAGAUGCAUGCGGUUUGAUGCAGAAUGCAGAAAAUAUGUAUCACAAUUCUCUCCAUUGGCUCCAUUUGUUUCUCUCCUAAGCAGCAACCACAAGCGUGCUACAUCAAAUGCACUGGAAUUUUUUCAUGAAAUACUUCACAUACCCAGGUCAUCAGCCAUUAGCCUACUACAGCAAAUACAAAAAGAAGGAAGUAUUAACAUUAUGAGUGUAUUAUUGCUCCUCAUCCAGCAAUCACAGCCAGAGCACAAACUUUUAGCAGCAAAUUUGUUGCUUCAAUUAGACAUGCUGGAAGAUUCACGUGGUAAAUCUAUAUAUCGAGAAGAGGCAGUGGAGGCCCUCCUUGAGUCCUUGACAUGCGAAGAGAACUCAGCUACACAACAAUUAUCAGCAUUCAUUCUAUCAAAUAUUGGUGGAACUUAUUCUUGGACAGGUGAACCAUAUACAGUAGCAUGGUUGGUGAAAAAGGCUGGUUUGACCUCAAUACAUCACAGAAAUAUAAUAAGAAACUUUGACUGGUUAGAUCAAAGCCUACAGGAUGCUGGCACAGACACAUGGUGCAGCAAAAUUGCAAGACACAUCAUGAAGUUUGGUAACCCCUUAUUCCGUGCUUUGGAGAUCGGACUGAAGAGCCAGUCAAAAAGGGUUUCUCGAGACUGUCUCACAGCUAUUGCAUGGCUUGGGUGUGAAAUUGUGAAAAGUUCAGAUGAUUUGAGAUAUUCCGCAUGUGAGAUCUUGCUUAGUACAAUAGAGCAAUAUGUGCAUCCUGGAGUGGAGCUUGAAGAAAGACUUUUAGCAUGUCUAUGCAUCUAUAACUAUACUUGUGGUAGAGGGAUGAAGAAACUAAUUCAUUUCUCAGAAGGAGUACGAGAAUCGCUAAGACGCCUUUCAAAUAUAACCUGGAUGGCAGAGGAGUUACUGAAGGUAGCUGAUUAUUUCCAGCCCAACAAAUGGCGAAUAUCUUGUGUUCAUACCCAAAUUCUAGAGGCAAGACAUAAGUACAGUGGAGCUGUAAGUGCCCUCAUCUACUACAAAGGACAGCUUUGCAGUGGACAUAUAGAUGGUUCAAUCAAGGUGUGGAACAUGAAGGGACAAACAGCUGCACCAGUAAGGGACUUGAAGGAGCACAAAAAGGCAGUCACAUGUUUUUCACUGUUUGAACAAGGGAACUGCCUGUUGAGCGGGUCUUCUGACAAUACAAUUAGGGUUUGGAAAAUGGACCAUAGGAAUCUGGAGUGCGUUGAAGUAAUAGCAACAAAGGAAUCGAUUCAAAGUGUGGAUACUUAUGGUAACCUGAUUUUUGCAGUUACCAAAAGUCAUAAAAUGAAGGUGUUUGAUGAAUCGAGAAAAGCCAAAGAUCUUUUCAAAAACAAACAUGUGAAGUGCAUAAGGGUGGCACAAGGAAAGGUUUAUGUAGGCUGCAAGGAUUCAAGCAUACAGGAGUUAUCCAUAGCCAAAAACCGGCAACAAGAGAUCAAAGCACCGUUAAAGAUUUGGAGGAUGCAAAGCAGGCCCAUUAAUUCAAUUUUCGUGUACAAAGACUAUCUAUAUAGUGCAAGUGCAACUGUUGAGGGUUCAAAUAUCAAGGACUGGAGAAGAAACAGCAAGCCACUAAUGUCGAUAGUGCCAGAGAAGGGAUCGAAAGUACUGGCCAUGGAAGUAGUGGAGGACUUUAUAUACUUACAUUGCAGUUCGUCGAUGAGCACCCUACAGAUCUGGUUAAGAGGGACACAACACAAAGUCGCAAGGUUGUCAGCUGACAGCAAAAUAACCAGCAUUCUCACAGCUAAUGACAUGGUUCUAUGCGGCACUGAAAUGGGAACAAUCAAGGGCUGGAUCCCUUUGUAGCUGAAGAUUUGAAAGCCCCAAAUUGUCAUUGUAUCCUAGCAUGUAUUGUACAUGUUGUUUAUUCAAUUUAGGCGCAAUACCGUCAUGUACCAAAGGUGAUUAUGCAAUAAAAAAGAAGAAGAAGCAAAAGAAGAGAACUACCAUAGAAUUGACUGCAAUUAUACUUGUAGACAUACUUAAAUUCAAUUUUAACUUUUCAACUUAACGCAAUAUACAAAACUGAGCUCCAGCUGAAAGAAUUAAGAGAAAAAUUACUAUUUC